AUGGUCUGCACCUAUUCCAUAAAGUUCGUAGAACAGAUUCAAAAGUCAGCAAUCGAAGUUCUUCACACUUCGCAAGUAGGAACAACUUCACGGCAGUGUACCUGUAACGAAAUGACAAACUGUUACGAUUCGGCUCGGAAUGAGGCUUAUGACUGCUUCACCCCUUGUUGGCACGAAGUUCAAAAAAUCACAUCUGAUCCAAAAACAUUGAAGACUUGUUUCGACGCUCGCAAAGGAUUUUUAGAAGAAUUGGUCAACUGUUUCAAAGACAAAUUACGAGCAUGUGCUCAAGAUGUUUCGAAAGCUGAACAGAUUCAAGUUCAUAAUUAUGAUUAUGUAGCUAUGAUAAACCGAGCCGAAUUGGUUAUCCAGAAUCAAAUGGCCAAGUUCUUACAAUCAGUAACUUCUCCUUCUGUAAAGCAAGUAAUUGAUGCUGCUACAAAUCUAGGUCGAUGUGUCAAAGAGUGUUUCAUAGAGAAGAACAAAAACGGUUUCUGUUUUGAUAAAAUUCCUUGCCAGCCGAAUAUAUCUGAUAGAAAUGCCAAGCAAGCUGUUCGUCAGUGUGCCCGUCAAAUAAGUUGGAAGACCGAGAUUGGGGAACUCUGCAAAUGUUCCAGUGCAGCUGGAGUAAGUGGAAUUUCUGAUUAUUGCGGGAUGCUGCGGGUUAUGGGCUAA